GCGGAGACACAGAGGCACAUUGAGGCCUCCCCGAGGGAGCUGCUGCCCGGCCACAGGGGUUCCAAAGGGAGAAGUGGGUCAGGGCUGCGGCUUCACUGCUGAGUUAGCCCGGAUCUGGGAACCUGGGCUAGCCAAGCCCAUACGUGACCGUCCACCCUGCUGAGCCCUACUCAGCUGUCACUCUUGUAGCCACAUCCACAGUGGCACUGCAGUAACCUGGGUUAGGUGCGAGGAUUUCUGGGGGCGUAUCCCAGCCAGGGGGUUUAGCACUGCAGUAAGUGGAGCUGUUCAAGGAGUCGUUUGGUGGUAUGUUGUGGAAGAGCCUGUCUGUCCUUCCUGGGCCCCUGGGGGAAGUGUUCUCAAGCCAGUAAACCAAAGCACUUCCAGUCUGGGACUCUGCAGGCCCCAUGAAACGUGGGAUAUAAACACUGAACCAGUGUACAUAAACUGGGCAAGGCAGCAGAAGUGAGCAGGCUUGGAGAUUGGAAAGCCAUGCCUCUCUUUGGGAACAUAUUCAGUCCAAAGAAAACCCCCCCAAGGAAAUCAGCCUCUCUCUCCAACCUGCACUCGCUGGACAGAUCGACCCGUGAAAUUGAGCUGGGCCUGGACUAUGGCACUCCCAACAUGAACCUCACUGGACAGAGUCUGAAGUUUGAGAAUGGCCAAUGGAUAGCAGAGUCAGGGAGCAGCAGUGGGGAUCGCAGGGAGACACAGCGCCUGCGCAAGCGGAACCAGCAGUUGGAGGAAGAAAACAAUCUCCUGCGUCUGAAAGUGGAUAUCCUGCUGGACAUGAGAAGGAGAAGGUCAAGGUCCCUUCAGCAGAAGAGCUGGAUUACACUGUCUGAGACUACAGCUGAGUCCCAUCUGAUGGAGAAGGAGCUGGAGGACCUGAAGAGUCACAGCCGGAGGAGGAAGUGAACAACAGCAAGAAACGGGGUUAGGGGAUGGGCAAGCAAGAGAAUUUGGUUUGAAAUCUCCAUCACCCAUGCAAGCAGGGCUCCUAAAGCUGAAGGGCUCCUAAAGCCUGGCUGGGGCAGCUUCAUUGUCUUGGUAGCACAUGGUGAUACUACAGUCCACUGGAUAGGUAGCCAAGGUCCCAGGCUUGAAAUGUUAAUGGAGCCUCCAAUCAGAAGGAUCUACUAUACUACUCCAUAGAGCUGCUGCAGUGCUCUUAAUAAGUUCCUGUAGGACAUGUUCUGUGGUGAUGAACAUCUGUUUCUCCCAGAUCACUCCUCACUUCUUUUCCUCUAUAGACCUGCCACCUAAGGCACAGAGCCAUUGAUGGAAGCACGUGUUGAUAAUCUGUUUUCUCAAGGAGUUCUGGGCAAGAAUCCUUUCUAUACUGUGAGCAGAGGAGUAUUUGUGAGUGGAUGGUAGGGAAGAUGCCUUUGUAUAUGUGCAUGGCCUUAGUGUCUCUGGUUUGCAGAUUCUGUAUGGGUUUCCUUGCUAAUAUCUCACAAACUUCAGAUUGGCCCUUCCCCGACUCCUGUUCUAAAAAUCAAAUAACAUCCUAAACUAAAAUAGUCUUUCCAUUUUCAGAUAUUUAUUAUUAUUUUUGUGCAAACCAUUAACUCUGCUUCCUGCUGUUGGCAGGUGUGUUUCUGGAAUUGUUUGUUCUCCUGAGUGUUUCUUACAUUUGUAUAAAAUGAAAACAAAUUAUUUUUUUUUUUUAUAAAAUUAAAACAAAUCACA